AUGCGUGCAAUUGCACCAGCAGCUGCGACAGCGCAUAUGCCAGUGAAGGCCGAGGAACUCACCGCUGGUGUGUGUGGCGCGGUAUGCGUCACAGCGCAGCCAUUGAUGUAUAAGAAUUAUUGGAUGCACGUUAGGACGCUGGACGCGCGGCAGCGGAAGAUGGCAGUGCGCAACUUUGCUAGCUCUGAGCUCUAG